AUGAACGUCAUUAAGCUCCAGAGGAAAUAUCCUCAAUUCGAACAAGGCGACAUCUUCAGCCUGACCGAUGCGUUCCACAAGCUCGACGUCGAUGACAAAGGCUAUAUCGAUGAGGCUACCGCCAUCAAGGCCACCCAACAGAGCGAAAGGCAGCCAUACGACGUUGUUAGGCAGGCCCUGAAGGAAGUCGAACUCGACUCAUCUCGCAGGGUCGAGCUAGAAGACUAUGUCGGCCUCAUUGCCAAACUGCGCGAAUCGUCCCCGGCGCAGAAACGCAUGAAUACCGGCGGCGCCCCGCCGUCUUCCCCGGCAGGUGUCGUAGCUCAGCGAACUGGUGGGCACGUCUCCAAGGGAAGUAUCGGCAAGAUCCACGUUCAAGGCUCUAGCGCCAACGUCACCCACACCAUUAACGAGGAUGAACGAACGGAAUUUACUCGUCACAUCAAUGCCGUCCUAGCCGGCGAUCCCGACAUAGGGAGUCGGUUGCCCUUCCCGACCGACACCUUUGAGAUGUUUGACGAAUGCAAAGAUGGUCUCGUACUUGCCAAGCUCAUCAAUGACAGCGUUCCAGAUACGAUCGACGAACGUGUUCUCAACAUUCCCGGUCGGAAAGUGAAGAAGCUGAACGCGUUCCAGAUGACCGAAAACAACAAUAUCGUUAUAGAGUCCGCCAAGGGCAUCGGCUGCUCCGUCGUGAACAUUGGUAGCGGUGACAUCAUCGAGGUCCGAGAGCACCUGAUUCUCGGCCUGAUCUGGCAGGUCAUUCGACGAGGUCUUCUGGGCAAGAUCGACAUCAAACUACAUCCCGAACUCUACAGGCUCCUGGAAGAGGAUGAGACGCUAGAGCAAUUCUUACGUUUGCCCCCGGAGCAAAUCCUUCUCAGGUGGUUCAACUACCAUCUUAAAGCGGCCGGCUGGCAACGCCGGGUCAGCAAUUUCUCGAGCGACGUGAAGGACGGAGAGAAUUAUGCAGUUCUACUCGCGCAGAUUGGGCGAGAUUAUGGCUGCACCCGGGCCCCUCUCCAGACGCGCGAUCUAUUGCAGCGCGCAGAGGAGGUCUUAGUCGACGCCGACAAGCUUGGUUGCCGCAAGUUCCUCACGCCAAGCUCUCUCGUCGCGGGAAACCCUAAGCUUAACCUAGCCUUCGUCGCCAACCUAUUCAACACCCACCCCGCCUUGGAUCCCAUCACCGAGGAGGAAAAGCAACAGGUCGAUGACUUUGAUGCCGAAGGCGAACGGGAAGCCAGAGUCUUUACGCUGUGGCUGAAUAGUCUCGACGUGCAGCCCGCUGUCGUUUCCUUCUUCGACGAUCUUUGCGACGGCCUCGUUCUGAUGCAGGCUUACGACAAGGUUAUCAAGGGGUCGGUGAACUGGAGGCACGUGAACAAGCGGCCCGCGAACGGCGGCGAGCUGAUGAGGUUCAAGGCGGUCGAGAACACAAACUACGCUGUCGAGCUUGGCAAGCAAAACGGCUUCUCGCUGGUCGGCAUCCAGGGUGCCGACAUCACGGACGGAAACAAGAUGCUUACUCUGGGUCUCGUCUGGCAGUUGAUGCGGAAGGAUAUCACUUUGACGCUCUCAGCCCUAGCGCAGCGUCUCGGAAAGCGCGAGAUGACCGACGCCGAGAUGGUGCGAUGGGCGAACGACAUGUCUCGGAAGGGGGGCCGAAGCUCUUCGGUCCGCUCCUUCAAAGAUCCCGCUAUCGGUAGCGGCGUCUUCUUCUUGGACGUGCUGAACGGCAUGAAGAGCAGCUACGUGGACUACGACCUCGUCACCGCCGGACGGACGGAGGAAGACGCGUACCUGAACGCCAAGCUUAGCAUCAGCAUUGCGCGAAAGAUGGGUGCAACGAUCUGGCUCGUGCCGGAGGAUAUCUGCCAGGUUCGGAGCAGACUAGUCACUACUUUCAUCGGUUCGCUCAUGGCGACUCACGAGAAGAUGCAAUAA